AUGCCGCCACUCAAUGAUAGUAAGCAGCACGAGCGUAUGCUCACCACCCUCAACCACCAAAUUGACGAUCUCCGAUCCAACCCCGAGAGCCGCUUUCUGGUAAUUGCAAGACUGAACGCAAUUUCUCGUCUGGCCCGCCUCUGUGCACAGUUCGGGAAAGAUCCUCGUUUUACGCAGUUUUGUCACACCCUUCAAAGCGGUUUGCCUGGACAAAUCGCUCUUCUCAAGAGUAACAUAAACUGUAGCGUUAUGGUUGCAGAUUCUCUUGACCGAAUGAUCCUUGAAUCUUCCAUGGUUCCUUGCUCUGCUGCUGUUGUCGAUGGCGAGGAUGAGACGGUUGACAAAGAGGCUGACCGGGAUGCCGAUGCAGAUUCUAGUGACAACGAAAGCGAUAUGGAUUCCAGCGAUGAUAACUAUAUCGCACGGUUGCUCCUUGGUUCAAAAUGGGCUAAAAUCAUAGUUGAUUUUGACGAGGAGCCAUGUGGGGAGACUGAGGUGUCCGUUAUAGACGCCAGUGAGGAGGCCAGUGAAGAAGAGAGUGAGAUGGAUCACAGCGAUGACAACUACAUCGCACGCCUGCUCCUUGGUCCGAGCUGGGCUACUCCGUUAGCUGAUUUUGCUGAUGGGCUAUGUGCGGGGAAGGAAGCGUUAGAUACGUGA